AUGUCACACCUUCUCGUCUGGCCCGCUGUGUUGCAAUUUUCGAUCGGAAAAGCAAUCUCCAACGUGCAACUUAAAGAAAUGGGAUCAGAACUACUCACGACCUUGGUGGAAUUAGGAUUCGAGCCUGCGAAAGCAGAGCGGGCUCUGAAAGCCACAGAAAAUCGUAGCGUGGAUGCAGCCCUGGAUUGGUUAGAACAGCAUGGCGAUAAUCUGCCACCGGAGGACGAGGAAGGGAAUGGCGAGCCGAAGCCAGUCGAAGAGAACAAGACCGAGCCAGGGACUAUGGGAGCUUCCUCACCAAAGCCAAACAUGGCUAAAGGAUUGAAAUGUACCGAAUGCGACAAGUUCUUUAAGAAUAAUGCCCUCGCGAGUUACCAUUCCGAGAAAAGCAAUCACGUUAAUUUUGACGAGGUCGAGUAUGAAGCCAAGCCAUUGACCGAACAAGAGAAACAAGAACGGUUAGACAGACUGCGCGAACAACUCAAAGAGCGCCAAUUAGCCAAGAAGAAGCUAGAAGCCCAAGAGAACAAAGCUAACGAAGCUAUCCGACGCAAGGGCGGAAAAGACAUGAUCAACAUCAAAGAAGAACUGAAGAGGAAGGAGAUGGAGAAAGAGAUUGCCCAACGGAAGAAAGAUAAGCUGGAGGACGAGAUGGCCAAAGCUCGCGCUCGGGCGGCGAUUGCUGAAGAUAAAGCAAACCGGGCACGAAAGGCAGCGUUUGAGAAAAGCAAACGACUGGGGAUACCACUUCCGGAAGAGCCUGCGACGGUUGCGAAGCCUUCGCCGAAGAAGCGAGCGAGUGGUACGGACUCAGGGAGUCCAAAAGAGUACACCGAGGGCCGCUUCCAGCUGCGCCUGCCGGGUCCAGAGGGCUCGGUGGUCGUGAUGAGCUUGGAGGCCGACAAGACGCUCAUCAAUCUCGCUGAGGCUUUGGCCGCCCAUCCUGAUUUCCUCGCUCACGAGAACCAAUCUGCCAAUUCUUUGCGCUUCUCGACCACUUAUCCUAGGAAGAUCUUCUCCCCGGAUGAGAUGCGCAAGUCUAUCAAGGAAUUGGGCUUGCUUCCUUCCGUUGCUCUUGCUGUAUCAUACGCCUAA